GUUGGAUAGUCUCUCUAAAAUAUCGAAUUCCCUCGAGUUCGAGAAGUGAGUUGUGAGUUGAUGGCAUUUGGUUCUAACUUCUUGUCAGUGAAUUAAUAUUAUUUUUGUACCUAUUGUAAUGUCACGUGAAACACUUAGCCAACUAUAGAAAAUUUAUUGUCUCGACAAUAAAAAAUAAAGUAUUUUUUUACGAUAUUAACGAAGAUAUUUUCUUCACUAUCAAAAAUAAAGUAUCUAAUAAGGAAGAUAUCUAAUAAGGAAGACAAUAAAAAGUGAUACAAUUCAGCAACAGGAUCAGUCACGGAUGCUACUUUGGAAAAAAAAUAUCUCGAGGAUGUCCUAGUGGGUAAAAUGUCAGGAGCAACAAAAAAAACGAAACUGGAAUUCACAACCAGAACCUGGACUGCAAAACCUGUAUUACCUCCAGAAUUAAGAGAAGAGCCAAGUUAUAUUGAAUUUUACAUUGGAAUAUUGAAAGACAAAAAAACAAUAUCAAAAGCAAUACAAAGUAUUUCUCAAAUACUUCCUGGAUUUCAUCACUUGAAACGAUGUUCUAAUCAAAAAAUUCUUAUUUGUCCAUGUAGAGAGUCAUUAUCAGACAAAGAAAUUUAUCUUGGAGAAAAUUGUAAUAAUUUAUCUUUAAAUUUAUCUUCAGACGAUGUUAAAGCUUUUCUCGAAAAAAAAGGAUUUGACCUAUCUCUACUCGAAGAUAACUUUGAGAUAAUUUCCGUUCCACUUAGAGCGCCGAAAACAAAAAUUCAAGCAUCCAAAGCAUCUAAAGUAUGGCCAGUGAAUUUUCAUCCGGACAUUAGACUCGAGGCUGUUCUUUCAGGCAAAGAAUUCAAUGACAAGCAACUGGAUUCAAUGGAAAAAUGUAUGCGAAUAAUAAUAGAAGCGGCAAAAAGGGAAUCAAUUGGAAAUGAAAAUUGUGGUGGAAGUGCAAUGAUAGUCGAUCCAGAGAGUGGACAAAUUUUGGCACUGGCAACGGCGAAAAUUAAUCAGCAUCCAAUGUAUCAUGCAUCAAUGUUGGCCAUUGAUCUUGUCGCUAAAUCCCAAGGCGGUGGUGUGUGGAACCUAAAUAAUGAUGAUAAUGCCACUAAGAGGAAAAUUUCCUCCCUACACGACAUGACUCAUCAAGAUAAAUUAGAGAAUAAAAGGAAAUUUCACUCGUCAAUUCCACUUUGUUAUCCCACAAUGUCGGACAUUGUAUUUCCUGAAUUAGAACCACUGACAAAGAAUACUCACACAGAAUCAAAACUAGAAAUUCCGAAGAUGGAAAAAUUCAAGAAUUCCGAAGAUGAUUCAAACAAUUCAUACAAUUCAAAUAAUACAGUGAAAAUUAAAGAGGGACCUUAUUUAUGUACUGGAUAUUGGGUAUUUCUACUUCAGGAACCAUGUCCACUUUGUGCAAUGGCAUUAUUACAUUCGAGAGUUGGUAAAAUAUUUUAUGGAAUGGCAAACGUCUCGUCGGGAGUCCUUGGAAGUAAAACUGUCUUGCAUUCGUUACCUGGUCUUAAUCAUCGUUAUCAGGUCUGGUGUGGGAUUCUCGAAUCCGAAUGUAAACAAAUGGCGGAAAUUAUACCUUAGUUUAAAUAUUUUGUAAUAACGCAGAUUGAUUUAUAUGUCUCGAAAGCGAAACUCCAUUUUUUAUAGUUAAAAAUUGUUGAGAGUAAAUUAAACGUUGUUAAAUUUAGGUAAACAAUGUUUCUAUUCAGUUUAAAUGAUAUAAUAAUGAUUGCAUAGAGAUAACACUAUUGGAAAAAGAAAAAAAAAGGAGUAAAUUACUUCACUUCCUUUGUAAUUAAAGUGCCUCUCAUUGGGAAGGGGACAUUUGUUUGUAACCUCGACAAUCCCAAAACGUAGUUUCAAUGUUAAAAUUUGCUUUUGUAUCGUGUAUGUGACUUGUUGAGAAUAUAAUUUACGAUUUUGUCAGACUUCUGUAAUCGAUACUAUAUUUUUUAUCUCGUACUUCUAUUGUUAGUUAUUUCGUAUUGAUACUGAUAAUUUUCGUUAAAUAAAUGAAUCAAAAUUUUUUUUAA